CAUUUUCCCUCUUUGUCGCCAUCUCACCACCACAAUUUUACAUACAGAGGCCCAAAUGUCGGACGACAAAAUAGAGCAGAACCGUAGCGAGCCAGCCCCAAUGAACUGGGCGGCCGGGAAAGAGGAGAUUCUCCAGCGUGAAAUUGAUGCCGACGAGGCUCUCCAAGUCGUGACCGGCUACAAUGCUGACGCCAUUCAGCUCGAUGCGGAGACGGAGCGCCGUCUGCUGCGCAAGAUCGACCGGAAUCUCAUGCCGAUGAUGUGUCUCAUCUAUGGGCUCAACUUUCUUGACAAGACGACCAUCUCAUACGCCAGCAUCAUGGGUCUGAAGGAGGACCUCAAUCUUGUUGGUGACAACUAUCAAUGGCUGGGGAGCUUGUUUUACUUCGGAUACCUCGGCUGGGAGUUCCCGACGACUCGGCUUAUGCAGCGACUUCCUCUUGGCAAGUAUUCGGCCUUCAAUGUCAUCAUGUGGGGCCUCGUCCUAGCCCUCUUCGCUGUGACGGAGAACUUUGGCGGCGCCGUUGUCAUUCGUCUCUUUCUGGGGAUCUUCGAGGCAGCCGUCACUCCUAGCUUUGCCCUGUUCACCUCGCAGUGGUACACAAAGUCAGAACAGGGCUUCCGUACGAGCAUUUGGUUCUGCUUCAACGGCUUUGCGCAGAUAUUCGGCGGCUUGGUUGCAUAUGGCUUUGCUCACGGUGCUUCCACUUACGGCUUCUCAAUCGCCCCUUGGAAAGCAAUCUUCGUCUUCACCGGCGUCCUGACGAGCAUCGCUGGUAUCGUCUUCCUCAUUGUCAUGCCGGACAACCAGCUCAACGCCCGGUUUCUCACCAAAGAGGAACGCGUCCUGGCCGUGCAAAGAAUCAAGAUCAACGAGCAGGGGAUCGGCAACAAGCAUUUCAAGUGGUACCAGAUGAAGGAGGCUUUUCUGGACCCCAUGGUCUGGGCCUUUGUUUUCUUCGCGCUGGUAGCUGAUAUUCCCAAUGGCGGCAUCACAAACUUCUUCAGCCAGCUCAUCGUUUCCUUUGGCUAUACUCCAGAGCAGAGUCUCCUGUAUGGGACUCCUGGUGGGGCUGUCGAGAUCGUCUCACUAUUGGUUUGUGGAUAUCUGGGCGAUCGCUUCGGAAAUCGGUUGUUGAUAAGUACGUCUGGUCUUAUGCUUGCUAUCCUCGGCGUGAUCUUGAUUGUUGCGGUUCCGCUGGAUAUGCCGGCUGGCCGGUUGGUAGGCUACUACCUCACACAGGCUGGCCCGACCCCGUUCGUCGCGCUCUUGUCACUCAUCUCCACAAAUAUUGCUGGCUGGACCAAGAAAACUACUGUCGCAGCGAUGUAUCUUGUUGCAUAUUGCGUUGGAAAUAUAAUCGGUCCACAAACUUUCCGACCUAAAGACGCUCCACAGUAUAGACCAGCUGAGAUUACGAUUCUCGUGUGCUGGGCGGCUUGUCUGGUAGACAUACUCUUCAUCUGGUGGUACUACCGCCGGCAGAACAGCAAGAAGGCGCUGAUCCGAGCCGAACCGUCGUAUACCAAGCUUGAGAACCAUGAAUUUCUCGAUCUAACGGAUAAGGAGAACGCUGAGUUUGUUUAUUCACUAUGAAAAGACCGCUACAACAUUCAAGACCGGUUCUCUUUACACGCAUCUUAACGAACGGUGCUAUUUCCACAGCACAGCAUCUAUACUUGCUUACUUGCUAUACGAUUAAGCCAAUUGUAUUUCUAAUGUCGCUUGAUUCUGCGCUUUAUUCUCAUACCGUCCCCAUGAAUCGUGUACCAAACAUACCAUGAACGGUUGUAGAUUCUAAGGGUCGUCACUGGUCCAACGGAGGCCAUUUUGGG